AUGAAUGGCAGGUCAACUAAUAGAGAGAAAUCAACAAACACACAGGUUGGUAGGAUAAAAGAGAAAGAGUUUAAAGAAAUGCAAGACAGAGAAGCCAACUUAAUUAUUAAAGGCGUGAAAGAGUAUGGGGAAAAGGAACAUACUCUUCACCUUGCAAGUGAUUUCCUUAGAGACAUGGUGAGGUGGCAAGGUAAAAUUUGCCAGGUAUGGAGGGUGGGCAAGAUUUGCAAUGAUAGGGUUAGGCCCGUAAAAGUCAUCUUAUCUGAUGUGCGUGACAAGCAUAAUCUUUUAAACAAAAAACAACUUUUGAGGGGUUCCCGUUUCUUCCUUGAUGAAGAUUUAACUAUUAAGCAAGAAGAGUACAAAAGAGAAGAAUUGGCAAAAGUUAGAGCAGCAAGAGAUGAAGGAAAAAGGGUGUGGCUAUACAAGGGCAAAGCUGUUAUUGCAUAUUUUGGUCCUCAUUCUAAAACAGGACAACAAGCUGGCAGCAAAGUUAUAGCAACAAAUUCCUUAGCAGAGAGUAGAGGUGCAAGGUCAUCAUGGGCAAAUGUGGUUGAAGACCCAAUUUUGGGUCUUACAUGUCAAUAUGAAUAA